AUGUCCUGCGAUCUCAGAGGGAAGAAGCUGGAACAUGGCUUUUUCCACAGUCAACAGAGGAGUCAAGAGCAGAAUACAGGAUGGUGCAGGGAGCAACAGAGGAACACUGUGUCCACAGCUCUUCUGAGAAACACUGAACCCAGUGCUCUUCCAGCCGCACCCAUAAAAGGACAUACUACCCACCAGAUCACAUGUCUGCGGCGACCAAUCACAGCGCAACAGAAGUGUGUGAAUGGAUCCAGUCCCAGAGGGGACAAGACACUCUGCUCUCUGCCCUCUCCCCGCUACGGCUCACAGUCAGCCCGGGUCAUUCCCAGCCUCAGUCCGGGAGCUGACGUGGAGCUCCAGCCUCGUCCCUCUCGCACCAUGGCCCAGGUGAAGCUGGAGCAGACGCCGCGGGAGGACAGUGUGAACCUGAACCUGGCCCAGAAUCAGGACCUGAACUUGAAGCAGGACCCAGACUGUGGAGAUGUCGAGAGCUUUAUUCUUCCCUUUGUGAAAACGGAACCAGAGGAGUUUUACAUCCCAGCCUUCCAGGAGUCAUCUGCCUUUUACCAAUCUAUAAAACAGGAAAACGAAAGUUCAGACUGCGACACAGAUGACUCUGAAGACUGCAGCUCCGACAGUUCUUUGGAGGAAACACACAAAUGCUCCAAAUGUUGGAAGGUGUUUGGCUCCAGCUUGGGUUUGAAGAUCCAUAAUCUAAAGAUGCAUAAGGACAUGGGGCCCCUCAGUUGCCCCGUCUGUGGAAAAACUUUUAAGCAUGAGAGGAGCAAGUUGCAUCACCUCAAGUACACGGUUUGUGCAAAACAAUACAAGAAGAUGACGCAGCCCUUGCACACCGUCACCCAAGGGAAGCCGGACAACUGCCCACUUUGUCUUAAAGUUAAAAACCAGUGUAUAGAAUGUGGAGAACGUUUCACUUCACAAUAUGAUCUGACGCUGCACCAAAGAAUUCACGAGGUGUUACCAUUCCAUUGUUCGUUUUGCUCAAAGGGCUUCUGCCAAAUUGGCUCUCUGGAAUUGCACGCCAGGACUCACACAGGGAAAUGGCCCUUCCUCUGCUCCAUUUGUGGGAAGGGUUUUGUGCGGCUGGGAAACCUGAAGCAGCACGUAGAGAACCACAAAACAAAGUCGGGAAACGGUUCGGAAACAUCAGCUCACCUCGACUUUCUCCAGCAGCAAGUGAUGAAACCUCACCUCCACCUCACGUGUCCCUUAUGUCCAAAGGUUGAUCAACCAGAAAGUCGUCUUCAGCGGCACAUGGGAAAUGAUCAGCAGGAGGAUCGCCAGAAGCACAUGGACAAUCACAAGAAGAGGACCUAUUCUGCUUGUGGAGAAAAGCUCAACUUUGAGACGCUCAAAUGUCAGUUUUGCUCAGAAGAAUUCCCAAAGAUGAUUCUACUGAAGCGACAUAUGCAGACUCACAUCAUGGCAAAGACUCCAGAGGAAAAACAGAAGGGGACUAAGAAGACCAGAGCAAUAAAAUCUACAGUCUGCAGUUUGGAGUUGGAAAAUCGCACUGAGCUGAUGACACAUGUUGAAACGCACUCUGGGGAGAAGCAGCUCCUCUGCCGGGUUUGUGGGAGGACGUUUAAGACUUCUGGAACUCUGCUGCUCCACAUGAGAGCGAAACAUCACAGUUCCACGGGUGACGGGAAGCUUGGGGCGGAAGGAAAGGGUUCUGUGGACUUUCUGACAAACGAUCCAGUAAUCAGCCGCUUGAACAUAAUGGAUUCAUUCCCACCGAGCGAAAAACCCAGGGUGCCUCUAUGCUCGGGCUGGCGUGUCGUUUUGACUCGCCUCUCAACCCGCCUGUUGACCUAUUCCUGA